CCCCAAGCGCACACGCACACCCACCCCGAACGCUGCACAAGCCCAUAAAGUGGGAACCCGUCGGGCCGGCCGAGCCAGAGCGCGCCCUAAGACUCCCCGGGCGCCGGCGCCGGCCCCAUCAGAGCCCAGGGAGCCGCUCAGCCGCCGCCACCGCUCCUCUGCUCUUGACCUCCCGGCGGACCGCGCGGCACGGCCGGGACACAGGCGCGGCGUCGGGCUGCUGCCACCGCUUCUCGCACGUAGCUGAGGCGCCCCCGCCCGCCCCCGAGUCCCUUCUGCGCGGCCCCGGCGCGGGCCCCGGACCGCAGCCACCAUGCCCCGGGCUUUCCUCGUCAAGAAGCCGUGCAUCUCCACCGGCAAGCGCAACUGGAGCGAGCUCCCGGACGAGGAGCGCGGCGAGAUCUACGUGCCCGUCAGCCUCGGCUUCUGCCCGCCGCAGCCCUACCGCGACCUGGAGGCUUCGGUGGCCGAGCCUCCUUCCUGUCCGCUGGCCCUGGACAUGAGCCUCCGGGAGCCCGGCUAUGGUGCGGCCCCCGGACCCUGCGUGGUGGCCCAGCUGCCGGCAGAAGAUCUGGGCCGCUUGCCUGACCCUCCGAGCCACGACCAUGGCUUUCUGCGGCCCAAGAUGAAGGUGACCGUGGGAGACGGGCCCAGCGGCGAGCUCUUCACCUGCCACAUCUGCCACAAGGCCUUCACCUACCAGCGCAUGCUGAACCGGCACAUGAAGUGCCACAACGACGUCAAGCGGCACCUGUGCACCUACUGCGGGAAGGGCUUCAACGACACCUUCGACCUCAAGAGACACGUGCGCACGCACACCGGCGUGCGGCCCUACAAGUGCAGCCUGUGCGACAAGGCCUUCACCCAGCGCUGCUCCCUCGAGUCCCACCUCAAGAAGAUCCACGGCGUGCAGCAGAAGUACGCCUACAAGGAGCGGCGCGCCAAGCUCUACGUGUGCGAGGAGUGCGGCUGCACCUCCGACAGCCAGGAGGGCCACGUGCUGCACCUCAGGGAGCACCACCCGGACAGCCCGCUGCUGCGCAAGAGCUCCAAGAAGGUGGCGGGCACCCUGCAGGGCCCGGUCACCGCCCUGCUGCAGAACCACCACCACCUCUAAAGCCAGGUAGGCGGCCCUCCGCCCGGCUGGAGGGGGGCCCGGGCCCGGCGCCCCUGAGCCCGGCAGAAGGCAGAGCCCGCCUGUGCCCCCGGCCGUCCCCGCCUUCUCCCGACGAGGCUCCCGCCUUCGCCUUUGGCCCCCCGACGCGGGACUCGAGGACGGUGGGUGAGCCGCGGGGCCGGGGGCUCGGGCGAGUGGCCGCCGGCUACCAGAGACUUGGCGUUUGAAGAAAAGACGCUCGAUGCAGGAAGUUGGCGGCGGGAGGCGGCUCCCACAGGACGCAGGGCUUGUCCCACAGGGGUGCGGAGACGGCCGCGCGCCCGCGGGCCUCCCAAGGCGUGCGCUCGUUUGCAAAGCCGACAAAUGUACAGAUAGUAAUAUAUUUUUGGUGCUAAUGGAGAUCUUUUUCAAAGAUGGAAAGAGCUAGCUCUUGCCCAUCCCUACCUCCUCUGUGGCUCAUCACUGUGGGCCGCUGUUCGGCCGCCCUGUCCGGCCCCCACCCCUUCCCGGGGACCGUCUCCCGUCGCUUUCCCAGCAUCGCCUGGACAAGGCAGGAGCCUCGUGGCCUCUGCCGCCCCCCCUUGUGCCCCCCGACAGCUCCUCACCCCCCCAUAAAUAAGCAACAAGUCGGGC